GAGUUGUACACCUGGACUGGACACCAGAGCUGGUGCGUGAAGCGGCGCGUGAGCUGCGUGUCCCGCAGAAACGUGCCAGUCAGGGGGAUUUAAUCUGGACUGAAAACGCGCAGACUCCAGGAAGAAGGAGGAAAAAACGCGGAGUUCGGUGGACUUGGCAGGGGUUCAGACUCUCGGUGAAGCGGCACCGGGGAUGCGCCGCUCCGGUUUCACGAGCCAAAGUAAAGAAAAUCAUCCAGGAAACGAGUUUUCUGGGUGUUCUCGCUCCUUCUGGACACGGAACCAUGAUUCCCAGCUGACUGUCGCAACGCGCUGCGGUGGCUGAACCUCUGGAGACCCGAAUCGGGGCAUGAACGGGUGUUCGGACCUUUUUUUCUUUGAUUCUGGAGCUUCUGGUUCUGGUCCCGCAGCUCCAGAUAGACCUUCUCUUCUCUGAUGUGGAUUCUGACCGAAACCAGAGAGUGAGCCGAGCCUGCGCGGUCCAACUGAUCUCUCCAUCAUCUGUUUCCAUAAUUUGCUCCAGGGAUUUUCUAUUUGACCCCCCCCCCCCUCUCUCUCUCUCUCUUUUACACUGUGACCAGAACCAUUACCUGUGACCCAUUAGUUCUGGUCUGGGCUGCGUUUGGAGGCGCGCGGGUUUCCGGUGCGCGCACCAUCUCUCCACUCUUGUAAGGAAGGAGGGGGUGGCCUUUGCCAGGUCUCCUGGAAGGGUUCGGACCCGUUUCGGGAAUACUGCCUGUCUUUGCUCCCAGUUUUCCCAUCAUCUGGAUCCGGAUCCCGCUGGAACUUUGUCCUCCGUUUGGGAGCGAGACGUGGCUUUGCCGCUCCUGAAGACUCUAUCUGGGCUCUGCUCGGUUCCGAACGACCUCUUCAUUAUUUAUUUAUUUUUAUUCGUUAUCCAAAGAGACCCUCAUCGGCGCCUCCGCGCGCACCGUCACGCUCCCGCUCCCAAACACACGCGCAAAGCACACAUCUGUAUUGCGCAUCAUCCAACUUGCAGGACUUGCUAAGGAGGAGAAUUGCGCCAGUGUCGGGAAGUGGAGGCCCGCGGACUAAGAGGUUCGGUUCGGCUCUGCGCCGACUCCCCACUGACUGGCUUACUGGAAGCACUGGGAUUUACCAAACUGGGAUUUCUACCAUGUCAGGUGCCCGGGAUUUCAGAUGGACUCCCUUCGUCUGCGUGGCGGCGCUUUCUUGUGCUCUUGCAGGUAAAAUCUCUCCAACCAGCUCAGAUGCCCUCUUCAGUUCCUCAGCGAUGAUGGCCAGUCCUUCACCGCCCAGCGUGUUUCUCCCUGCCAACUUCAAAAUGUCCAAUGCACAACUGGCUUUCUUUUUGCGGGAGGCCCAGACCGUUGGCGGAGGCAGUCGGAGCGGCAGCGGCCCCAGCUCUGGGCAUCCGCUGCAGCGCUCUGAGAGUUUUGUGGUUUUUCAGACAAAGGACCUCCCUGCCAUCAACAUAGGCUUUGGGCCCUUUGCCCAGGACCAGGCUUUGUCCAAGGAGUUGCUCCAGCCUGCUAGCCCUCUGGAUAUUCCCGGCCAGCUGACGGUUGGCUGGAAGGUGCGGGCGUUUAUUGUCCAGGCGAGGGUCUUUUCCAACAACCCCACCGUGCAGGUGUUCUUCUACAUCGCUGGACGUGACUGGGAUGACUUUAAGGCCCAGGACAACCUGCCAUGCAUCCGUCUGCACGCUUUCCGUGACGUCCGUGAAAUCAAGACAUCCUGCCGGAUGAGAGGCAACCUGGCGCAGUGCUUGGCCCAGCUGGAGCUGCCUCCCUCCUGGUUUAAUACCAAUGUGGCCCCACUGGGUCGGAGGAAGGGCUCCACCGACGGGCUCCUGGACGGGUUGACCAGCGAGACCCUGCAGGCCGAGCUCUACUACACGCUGCACGAGCCCAACGUGGAUGGGGAGUGCAGUGAGGGUCACAGGGGUGGAGGCCCGUCCAGAGGAGAGCCUCCGUCACAGCACCCUCUGCUGCGCAUCGGCAGCAUCAGCCUUUACCAGGCCAGCCAGGAGCAGCUGCUGGUGGACAAGCAGUUAGACAAGAACAUGUUCCUCCGGCUGCCAGAGAAGCCCCUGAAGCCUGGAGAAACUCUUCAUAUCCUCCUGUUCCUGAUGCCCAACUCUACCGUUGAGCAGUUCAGCCUCAAGGUCAAAGCCAAAAAGGGGGUGAAUCUGCUGCAGACCAAGUCGAAGAACGCCCAGUGGAAGGUGGACUGGGAGGUUCAGUCUGGCGCCAAGCAUUCCAUCACCACCAUCGACGUGAGCAAGAACAAGGCGGUUAAGCAGGGAGACGUCGUGGGGAACGUGGAGGUGAUGCAGCUGGAUUUUGAGAUGGAGAACUUCACCAGCCUCUCUGUGACCAGAAGGAUCAACUGGAACAUCGACUACAAGGGUCAGAGUCCGGCGCCGGAGUCAGAGAAGGUGGUGACUGAGCUGACAGUGGUGCAGCGGGAUAUUCAGGCCAUCCUCCCUCUGGCGAUGGACACAGAGAUUAUCAACACAGCCAUUCUGACCGGACGCACGGUGGCCAUUCCUGUCAAAAUGGUCUCCAUAGAGAUGAAUGGGGCAGUCACUGAUGUCUCAGCCUUUGUGCAGUGCAAGUCCUCUAAUGAAGACAUUGUAAAGGUGUCCAUUAAUUGCGACUAUGUGUUUGUCAACGGAAAAGAGUCCCGAGGCUCCAUGAACGCCAGAGUCAUCUUCAGCUACGAGCACCUGAGCGCGCCGCUGGAGCUCACCGUCUGGGUGCCCAAGCUCCCCCUGCUGGUAGAGCUGAGCGACAGGACGCUCAGCUUCAUCAAAGGCUGGAGGGUUCCCAUCCUACCUGACCGCAGGAGCGCCAGAGACAGCGACGCAGACGAUGAGGAUGACGACCGCCGGAUGAGUCGAGGCUGCGCCCUCCAGUACCAACGAGCCCAGGUCAAGGUUCUGACCCAGUUCCACACCACCUCCACAGAAGGCACAGACCAGGUCAUCACCAUGCUGGGGCCAGAUUGGCAGGUGGAUGUCACAGACCUCGUCCAGGACUCCCUAAAGGUGGCUGACCCAAAGAUAGCUGAGCUGGUGGACCGGACGAUCCUGGUGGGCCUGGAGCUCGGAUCCACGGUGCUGAAGGUUGAGUCUCCGCUGGCCGUGGACGCAGUGCUGGGGGAGGCGUCCUUCUCGGUCACAGAUGACAAGGUUUCCAUCACUGAGCUGCGUGUUCACACCGUUUCGGGCCUGACCCUGUCACUGCAGCCCAGCCCGGGCAACAGCCACACCAUGGUCGCCAAGGCAACCGGGGUCCAGACGCUCACGGCUCUCAAACAGGAGGCCAGUUUGUCCGUCUGGAUGCUUUUCAGCGACAACACAGCCGCCCCUCUGAUUUACUUUGAUCCCAAAGACUACAACCUCAAUGCCUCCACGCUGGAUGACAAAGUCGUGUCGGUAUCCCAGGAGCCUCAGCAGCGCUGGCCCACGAUGGUGGCAGAAGGCGAGGGAUCUGGAGAAAUGGUGCGUGUAGAGAUGACCAUCUGCGAGGCCUGCCAAAAGACCAAACGCAAAAGUGUCAUUGCAUCUGCUGCAGUCUAUGUCAAAGUUCGAUUUGGCCCAGAGGAAGACUCAGAGGAAGAGGCUACCACAGAGGGCGAGAUCGAGCUGGUGCCUGUCACCAGGCGGACGAUCAUUGAUCCAGACAUCAAUGGAAAAAAAUAUGACACAUCUAAUGAGCAGCCCGCCAGCGGUCCCAUUGAUUAUACCAACUUCCCCACAAUUAGCAACCAAGAACAACCGACUGAGAGUGAUGAAGAGGAUGGAGAUGAUUUUGUACAUUCGCCCCGCAACAUGACAGACCUUGAGAUUGGCAUGUAUGCUCUGCUGGGAGUCUUUUGCCUGGCUAUAUUAGUUUUUCUCAUCAACUGCAUUGUCUUUGUGCUUAAAUACCGCCAUAAGCGCAUCCCUCCCGAGGGACAGGCCAACAUGGACCAUUCACACCACUGGGUGUUCCUCGGAAACGGCCAGCCACUGAGGGCCCAGUGUGAUUUGUCUCCACAGCAGGUGGAAAGUCCCAGCAACCCCUUGGAGGGUGUACAGACUUGCUGCCAUGGGGACCACCAUAGUAGCGGCAGUUCCCAGACUAGCGUUCACAGCCAGGUACAUGGACGAGGUGAUGGCAGCUCAGGUGGCUCGACGAAAGACAACAGCGAGGAUGCCAGUUCACCAACCUCCAAACGCAAGAGAGUCAAGUUUACUACUUUCACCACCCUUCCUACGGAGGAGCUGCCCUACAACUCCAUCCCCAUAGCAGAUGAAGAGGACAUUCAGUGGGUUUGCCAGGAUAUGGGCUUUAAAGACCCAGAGGAACUGCACGAUUACAUGCGCAGAAUAAAAGAAAUAGCCUGAGAUGUAAGGUGCACCGUCAUGCGCAAUUCUCAGAUUUCUAAAAUAAAAAAGGACAGCUUCUUUCUAUUUUUCUCUUUUCCACGUAAGUGAAAGAUACUUUUUCACAGACUAAAAGGCCAACUGUUGUUUUGGUUAGGGUUUCUUUCAUGUAGUUUGCACAGUGCUGUAUAAUCAUACACCCUCACAUGGAAGAGAAUGCAAAGCAAGCCAAAGACUUGACCAGAGGAUCCCAGUCACUGGAGACGUCUGUAAGUCUUGGCUAUAGCGAGCAUGUUUCACAGGGAAGCUGAGCCAUGGACACUUUGAAGAGCUGCUUCAGCUCCCUAUCUUUCAGGAUACAACUCUCGUGUAAGCCUGACAUGGACAGGAGUCUAGACGAUGUUGAAUUUUCAGUGGUGUUUCAGAUACUCGGCCAGACUCUACAGUUCUAAUCCAAACAAAGAGGCCUUUGAUGAACAAAUUACUGUCAAAGACUCUAAUGAAAGCUGUUUUGAUUUGGUGGGGGGGGCUUUUCUGCCAAAGUAGAAGAGCUUUCUUUUAAUGGCAAAACCUUCUUUGUUGUUGUUGUCUGUGCAGCACAUUCAUGAUUUGUACUCAUUAUUUACAUUUUCAACAUUUCGCAGGUAGUUUAAAACAGUGGCCUACCACAAGUCAUGCUGUUCCCGACAAAUCUGAUGCCUUAUAAACAAACAAUGGCCACAGUUCACUUCGUACAGGAGCGCAGACACUUUUUUCUCUCUAUCAAGAGGCUGGAGACAGUAUAGACAGACUGUUAAAGUGACAAGAAAAGGGGAUCUUAAGGCACAAUCAGCCAGUUUUUCAAAAUGUGUAAAUGUUCAUGUUGUAAUUAAAUAUUCCUGCACCAAACAAGCUAUAAUGCAUUACAUGCAUGCCAUCUCCGGUUCACAUGCAGACAUUCCUAUAUGUAAAUAAUUAUGUUCAGCGGGAGUCUCUUCAUGCAUAUUCCAAGGUAGAGAAAAGUUAAAGUCUGGGAAUCUUUUUAGUGUUGCGACUGGUCAAAAACUCGCUCAGAUGUUUUAUGAUGAAUGGAAUUUUCUUUAAAACACUUCACAUUCAACUGUUAAUUGUGGGAAUUUGCUGUGCAUCAGAAUUAAAAAUGAAAUGGAAUACAUUUAGUCACAAAAGCAGGGGAUAUACGGACCACAAGAUCCUCACAGAUCUGCAGGCAAUGGAACACACCCUUAAAUAAGAUCACUGAAUACAUUAUUGAUUUGAUUGUUUAUGUUGUUUCAUGCUUUCCCACCAUAUUCAGUCAUGUCACUUUAUUUAUGUAGUUCAUUUUUGUAUUCAUCCAUUCUAACAAAUCUGGAAUAAAAUGAUCAAUACGAGCGGAACCAGUAGGUAAAACCAGUAAUCUCUCUGGGCUGGGACUAGUUGGAAACAGCUUUUGCACAUUUUGAGAAACUUCAAAUGUGACUUAAUUGCAAAAACUGUUAGUCCAAGACUGUUUUAAUUUUGAUUUAUUUGCAUUUUAGUAAUCAAAUACCUUUUAAAUUAGUCUUGUAGGUUUUACACUUUCAGACAAUUUUGAGGGGAGUUUAAGACUGACAGGAGAUCAUGGCUCCUGGGUCGAGUGCAAAAACACUGAUCCCGGACAAGCCCCCAAAACAUGGUAAACACUAUGAUUUUACAACAAAAUUAUUUUUAUUUACAAAGUUUUGUGUAAAUGUAACAUGAAAUCUUUAUGAUCAAGUUAUGGGUAAUACAAAGUAAAUAAUAUCACUUAGCCGUUAAAAAACAAAAUAACCCAAAGUUAUUUUUUUACUUUCCUGUGAUAGAAACAGAAGAUAAGACAAGAUUUACUUUCCUGUGAUAGAAACAGAAGAUAAGACAAGACAUUUUCUUUGUAAUUUGUUGUCAGCUUGCACCAUAUUGAGAAACUGAUGGGACACAAAUGAAAACAUUACUGACAAAAAUCUGAACAACUGAAAUGAAACCAUUUUGGUCGCAUUAAUGAUUGCAUUUAAUCAGAGUACUGAGUUUUACACUGUCAGAUUUCAGACACCACAGGAUGAGAGAGGAGUUAAUCAUGUUGCUGUUGCCCUAUUAGUGUAGGUUUUUUUAGUACUAGAUUGGAUAACUAGAGAUGAUUUUUGAAGGUUAAUAAUAUUCCAGCUCUGAUCUCACAUGAAACGUGUUUCUUUGAAGACUAAUGAGAAAGCCACAAGAUGUAAACGACUCUCUGAGGUGGUUUCCUCUGAUUCUCUACUCAGAAUUUUAAGGACUUUGAUUGUACUUUUGUGUUAAAUGGUGAACCUGUGAGAAAGCAAACAUUGCUUCGAUAAUGAUCUCCAUUUGUAAUUCAGAGCUUUCAAUCAAAUUGCCUUUUAUUGCUGUCCUAUCUGCAUUUUCCUCUCAGCAUUUCUAGAUCGAAUCCAAUCCGGAGUUCUUAUUUUUGCAACACUUAUUUGCAAAGUUAUGAGCUUCAUACAGGAUGCAACAACAAAAUAAUAGACUUAACUCAUUAGCUAGCUUAAUAUUUGCUAUGUUAUCAGAUCAGAGCGGUAACGAAAAACUAAAGAUUGAGUAACUGCCACAGCAGUGAUGUAAAUAUUGAAGCAAAACUGGUUUUAAUUUGCCUGAAAAGGAUCACAAGUUCUUACUGUACAUGUACAUAGAACCCACUUAAAUCCAGGAGUGGGUUUACUGCAUGUCCUCUUUAUGUUAUGUGUGGUUUAAAUUAAUGAUUAUCUGAUUCUGGUGGUUUAAAGAAGUUCAAUUGUUUUUUAUGGCAGGUUGGGACAAUUUUGAUUGUCCAACUUAUGUUUUCCUCCCCAAAACAAUCAACAAGAUUGGCACUGAGCUUCAGACCUGCUAAAGUUUUGGUUUUACCUCUAAGUGAUGAUCUUUAAGGAUGAAUGUAGAAGUCCUAAUAAAUCUGGACGUUUUAUGUUGAGUGUGACUGCAGAAAGCCUGACCUGGUGACCGUUUCAAUACAGAGUAGUAGAAACCGUCCAACAGCAGAUUCUCCAUCAGUUCUCUGAAUUUGCCCACAAGAUAAUUAAUACGGAUUCUCCUACUUCAUGCAUUUUCUAUCAUUUUUGUUGUACAAAUGUUUCACACUUUUUGGUUUUUCUUUUCCUUCGAGCUGCUAACAGAGACUUCUUACAACAUGUAAAUGAAGAUUUUGAAUUGUAUCCUCUCCCCCACAACCAAUCACACGGUGAACUGUGCACGACAUCCACGGCUCGGCACGCUGAGCUACCACCACACUGACUAUAAUACUGCAAUGUACAGAGCACUGUAAAAUUUCCUGUAUUCUCUUGAAAAUAAACCCUUGUAUUUUCCCGUUAUAUGUAAAGUACUAAAGAAAAUGCAAUCCACAUGUGA